GUUUUCUUCAAGCUAUUGAACAUUACCAUUCAGAAUUCAAUUGGAUGAGAAAUGUCAAACCGAAUCAAACAUGAUGAUAUCCUUUUACUAGAGCAACCCUUCCUAAAGGUCCCAUCUGAUAAUCUUCGAAGUGCUUUUCGAUCAACUCAACGUCUCUUAGAACGUGAUUUUGAUAAACUCAAUACAAGUCUUCGAGAUGUUAGUAAAACAUUAUCAAAGGUGAAUUCAUCAGACGAACAGAAUUCAAUCGGAUCAGAAGAAACGAUUAAAGCUAUUGAUGGUCUCUUACUCAAAGCUCGUGGAUUAAAACGAAAGAUUAGUGAGACUUAUGAUCAUCCUCAACAUGGUACUGGUCAAGUCUUAGGUCGAAUCAAAGCUAGAUUAGAUCAUCUUCAAGAUUUAUAUUCUGCUGAACAUACUAGUGAUCCAUGUUACAAGAACUUUUCUCAAACUAGGCUUGAUCGACAUAUGGUAGAUUAUAUGCUCAGGUCCGGUUAUACUGAAGCUGCACAAUCUUUAAGUCAAACCGCUGGUAUUGAGGCUUUAGUAGACGGUCCAUUAUUUGCUGAGCUGUCAAGAAUCGAAUCUGCUCUUGUGGCACAUAGCUGUACAGAAGCAUUAGCAUGGUGUAAAGAGAACGCAGGAGCACUGAAAAAGAUGCAGUCUACCUUGGAAUUUGAGUUACGUUUUCAAGAGUUUAUUGAAUUGGCUCGUAGUCGUCGAUUUAUCGAAGCUUUAAAUUAUAGCUCUAAACAACUUUUACCUUGGAAACAAACUCAUAUGUCGGUGAUUGCUCAAGGAGUGACACUUCUUGCUUUUGACUCUAACACCACUUGUCCUCCAUACGCAAAACUUUAUGAUCCAAGCCGUUGGUCUGAUUUACAUGCCAGCUUUCGAGCCACACUUUUCGCAGUUCAUUCGAUUCCUGAUCAACCAUUCCUUCACUUAUCACUUUCGGUUGGUCUUGCUGCUCUCAAACUUCCAGCCUGUUAUUCAGUAACACCCACACCCGAGUCAAUCAUCCAUGAUGAAUCAAGUCUUAAAGCUUCCAACACUGAAGAUAUCGAGAUGCGUUCAUCUUCACUGCCUAUCAAUCGUCAUCAUCACACCACCUCUUCUUCUACAUCCCAAAACUAUGAUCCAAGUUUACUUUCGAACUUAAACUCACCUAAACCUUUACCAACAAUAGGUUCAUCACCCAAUUCAGAUUGUCCGGUUUGUGAUUCGAACGGAUUAGGAGUCUUAGCCAAAGAAUGUCCUUGGUCACAUCAUUUAAAUUCCAUCAUCGUUUGUGGUUUGACUGGUAGAGUAGUAGAAGAUGGUGAUCGAUUGGCUGUCUUACCUAACGGUAGAGUUUAUUCUAGAGAUGGACUUGAGAAAUUGGCCGAACGUGAUGAAGGUAGGAUUAGGUGUCCUAAGACUGGACAAGUCUUUGGAAUGGAUGAGAUUAGAAGAGUGUUUAUUUCUUAAUUCUCUUUCUCUCUCUCUUUCUCUCUCUUUCUCUCCUUUAGAGAAGCUUAUCAUUCUGUAUGUUGUAAAUGUGUGUACAUAUAAUUUUUUUUUUGGGAAGUGUCUUUUUUUGUUGCGAAAGGAAAAAAUCGUAUAUAAUAAAGUUAAGUUGAUAUGAUCAUGAUGAGUUAAUUUUUUUCAUUUUCUUCAUUUUCUUCUUUUCUGACUUUGUUCGAUUCUUUUUUUUUCGAAAUCAUUAUGAAUUGUCUAAAUGCUUUGAGGAUGUAAGAUUCAAAUUUGAUCAGCAAUGUGAACAUGUAAUGUUGGUAUUAUUC